AUGACUAAAACUACUUUCAUGAAAAUGAAGUCGCUUCUUUGCAAUAACCAUCUCAGUUUAGAACUAAGGCAAAGAAUGGUUAAGUGUUAUGUUUGGUCUGUACUUUUAUAUAGUGCAGAAGUGUGGACGCUAAAAGUAUCGAUCAUCAACAAAAUUGAAGCAUUGGAAAUGUUUAUUCAUAGACGAAUGCUGAAGAUACUUUGGACAGCAAGAAAAACUAAUGAAGAAGUACUAAGGAGCGUCAACAAAGACAGAAAACUGCUAAAGACUGUUAAACAUCGAAAAAUGUCUUAUCUGGGACAUAUAGUAAGGGGAAAUCGAUAUAAAAUUGUACAACUGAUCCUUAAAGGCAAAAUAGAGGGCCGUAGAGGUGUAGAAAGAAAACAAGUUUCUUGGUUAAACAACAUUCGUGAAUGGACUCAGAUACCAAAUGCAGGACAAUUAUUCCAUAUUGCAGAAGAUCGAGAAGCCUUUGCAAUGGCAUCCAACAUGCCAGAAGAAGAAAUAGAAAAGAUGAAGAAGUUUCACGAGGAAUGUAAAGAACAGACAGGUGUCGAUAGUGACGAAGUCAAAAAAGCAAUAAAAGAAGGUACACCAACUGAUGCCAUCAAGGAACACACAUUGUGCUUUGUACAAAAAACUGGUUUGAUAGGAGAUGAUAACAAAAUUGAUAUGGAUCUAGCCAAAUCGCAUUUUGAAUCAUUGUUUCCUGAAUUAGCCGAUGAUAUUAUGGCAAACUGCAUAUCGGACGAGGAAGUUACGAAAGACUCUGUUUACAAUAUGGCAAAAUGUAUAGUUGGCAAAAUAGGGCAUUAGAUAAAACUGGAAUUUAUAAUUGCGUAAUUGAAGCAUUAUGGAGAAAAGAAAUUAGAGAUUUUUUGUUAGUUUACUAAACCAAAUUUUGAUACUGGAUGUAGUUCUGAACUUAUUUACAAUUUACUUAGCAUUACUCGUUAAAAUUGAAAAUGUUCCUUG